GGGGCGAGAACCGCUAUCUGUACUACGUUCCGGAGCAGUCGGAUCGCGACAUGACAGCAUUCUCGACCGCUCCGCGCCAUGCCAGUUCGGACAUGCGAUUGUCCUUCGAUGGCUUCUUGCAAGCUGCCAAGCAGGAUCCAAAUGGCCGAUACUACCUCCAGGCUCCACUGGUUCU